AUGUCUUGUUGCUUCCCCCUCAAGAAGAAACGGCAGAGAAAUCCUGAGUCGUCGGCGGUCGCACCUAACAAUGGGGAAGAUCCAAAUGCACGCUUCGUCAUCCGCGGAGACGUAGUCUUGCCAACAACCGAACCGAGCACUCCGAAGUGCGUUAACGGCCUCCGGCCUGAAGAUCACCCCGUCGGACGUGCGGGGUCCUUUAACCUUUUAGAUUCAGAGCCUUCGAAGACUGAGGCUUCGAUUGUCAGUGUUGUCGUCGAGAACGUCAGCGAACUGAGAGCUUCCAGUUCUCGGCAAGAAUCUCUGUCAAGGAUCAGGGCAAACAUCUCGGAGCUGUUGGGAAUACCAGUUCGGUGUGUUGAUGUUCACCAUGCAGACAAGUCCGAGGAGAUGAGUGUCGUCUUUGUGCCGAGACCAGCUUCGCAUUCAUGGGACAGGAGUAAGGGGAAGCUGAAUGAAGCAGAGGGGUGGAUUAACGCGAGUCAGACGGCCCAGAGACUGGAAGACGCGUCUCUCAGCAAUGAGAUGAACGAGCUAUUCCGUAGGAUGAGGAGCUCCUGGCCCCAGCAGCAUGAGAGCCGGACCACCACUGAGACAGGCUCCAUCAACGGUAUCCUCCACACCCCGAAGUCUCCGUCGGGAUUCACAUACAAGAGUCCAAGCCCCAUGCUGCCACCCCGCUACCUGGGAAUUGGACCUCUGGAGUACACGCACGAGCAUUCUAUCCCUGGCGCCUUAGGCCCUGUCCCUUCAGGCGAUGCCAACGGGCACGCCAGUUCGAUGCAGGCAAGGGAAGGCUUACAUUUGCCUCCAAAGUUGCCUCUGAAGCUUAUCAACGAGAAAACGCCGAGCACACCGGAUGAGCGCAAGCGAUCGCUGCUGCACUACAAGCCGAUGACUCCCAGGACGGAGAGGAGAAAACACAUGCAGGGAUCAAGCGUGGCGCUGAGAGGACAGCAGGCGAGGAGCCAGAUACGUCCAGAUGCUCCUGCGGGGUGGACCAGCUCACCAGUGGUGGCUGUGACGACUGGCGAGCAUGAGGGAGGAGAGAAAAGAGAGGACGAAAGCGAGUUGCGAAGAGCGAAUGGAGAGGUUGCAGAGGACUACAACCAGUUCAGCCAAUGGAUGAGCCCUAAAGCAAAGGACUGGAAUAGCAUUCUGAGAACUCCUCCAAAGCCUCAGGCUAGAGAAGAUGCUGCAGCGGGGCACGUGGGUCGCGUCAUCUGCUGCUACGUCGCAGCUGCCUUCUCCAAUGCCGAGUAUGGGGUGACUGCCAUGCGGGGGACUGCAGGCUGGAGGAGGCAGCUAGAGCUCGCAGCAACCAGAGUACCCACGAGCAGGGACCCCUCGCCGAUCCAUGGGCGGGUGAUGUUGAACCCGUGGGGAUGGCUUAGCCAUGACGAUGAAGCAGUCGCCGUCUGGCAGGACGUCGCCAUCGAUGAUGGCUUGGAUGGAUCCUACCAUCGGGUUGAAGCAGAGGAAGCAUCGCUCUCUCUCAAGUGA